AUGACCAUGAAGCAAUUGUACAGGGUCCCAUUUGAGAGGAACGGUGUCGGGGUCAAAGAACUUCGACAUGAAUAUGUACAGUGUCGCCUACUCCAGACAGUGUCGUCUACUCCAUACAUAGUGUCACCUACUCCAUACAUAGUGUCACCGACUCCAUUCAUAGUGUCGUCUACUCUAUACAUAGUGCCGUCUACUCUAUACAUAGUGCCGUCUACUCUAUACAUAGUGCCGUCUACUCCAUACAUAGUGUCACCGACUCCAUUCAUAGUGUCGUCUACUCUAUACAUACUGCCGUCUACUCCAUACAUAGUGUCGUCUACUCCAUACAUAGUGUUGUCUACUUCACACAUAGUGUCGCCUAUUCCAGACAGUGUUGUCUACUCCCUACAUAGUGUCACCUACUCCAUACAUAGUGUCACCGACUCCAUUAAUAGUGUCGUCUACUCCAUACAUGUCACCAACUCCAUUAAUAGUGUCGUCUACUCCAUACAUAGUGUCGACUACUCCACACAUAGUGUCGUCUACUCCACACAUAGUGUCGCCUACUACAGACAGUUGCCGUCUACUCCAUACAUAGUGUCACCGACUCCAUUCAUAGUGUCGCCUACUCCAGACAGUGUCGUCUACUCCCUACAUAGUGUUACCUACCCCAUACAUAGUGUCGCCUACUCCAUUCAUAGUGUCGUCUACUCUAUACAUAGUGCCGUCUACUCCAUACAGUGUCGCCUUAUGUAAUUUUAUUUCUUGAGUAAAUGUAUCUUGAUUAAAAAAACUUUAGAUAUUUGUAUUGGCAAAACAAGACAAAAAUACUGAGUAAGAAAAAUGCACAAUUAGUCAUUUUGACAAUUUGAUUUUAUAAAAUGACCAGUUAUUUCAUCUUUUCCCACCUUCUCUGAGAAGGACCCUUGUGAUGCUCCCUUAGAAUUUGACUUAGUAGAGUUUUGGAACAGAGCCAAUGUGUCCACAUUUCUAUGAAGGAAAAUAAAUGCCAUCCGACCACAUUUCCAUGAUCACACGUAGAGGAGAUACACACAUUUUCAUCUUUCUAACACACACAGAGCAGCUGACAGAAGGAAUCAAGUUUUUACUUUCAGAAAUCUGACUAAUCACCAUGCAAAUGAAACCUCACAGUCUGUGAAUUAGACACACUGUGCAAUUACAGGCAAUUAUUACUGAAGCAGUCACAAGCGUUUGAUUAACAUCAGAACAGAGAGAGUGUGAGACGACCAACUGAUGCGGUGGACGCUGACAUUUCAGUUUGAAGAAGAGGGAAAAACAUCGUAGAGAGAGAAAUGGAAGGAGGAAGGGAUGGAAAACAGGACAGCUUUCAUUUGGCAGUACAAGUGGCUUCACAUCAGAAAUACAGCAAUCACUCAUGAGGAUGAGAAGAGUGAGAAAAGGAGACUGGGAGACGAGGGACUGGGAAGGGGAAAAGACAUCUGAUCCCAAGGGGAGAUUGGGAAAAAUCAGGUAGUCUUUACUCCCAUCUGCUGAUGUCUUCUGUCCUAUUUCUUCUCUUUUUUAUUCCUCUCUCUCUCCUUCCUUCUUUCUUCUAACUCACAUAUUAUAUGUUUAUCUUAAACAUAUUUAACCAGCGGCCAAAUUGAAAUUUUCAGAGGGCUGUCUGAAGUUUCCA